AUGGAGAAAGUGGACAUCACAGAUGAUAAUAGACAAGAAACGUCCAUGCAACAGGCGAUAUUCUCCCACACAGACUCCGCUCUGCUCCCCACCUUCCCACUUCCCCCGGAUCCGACAAAUCCGCUGUCUCACCUGGGAACGCUGAUGCCAGGACACGACGCACCGCGGACCGGCGGAUGGGACAGGAGAAUUGACCCAGGCUUUCAAGGCUGUCAUCUUCUGGGUGGAGCGAGAGAGGCAAAACAGGAAGCUCAUGCAGACCAGAGCGUCACCAUCCUGCACGCCAAGGUUGCUCAGAAGUCUUAUGGCAACGAGAAAAGGUUUUUCUGCCCUCCACCUUGUGUUUAUAUCAGUGGUCAUGGAUGGAGAGUCAUGCAGGAUCAUUUGAAAGCGGGAGGUUAUGGGGACUCAGUCUAUCGGAUAUGUGGUUACAUGUGUCUGGACAGCUCCAGUCAGUCACAAGCAGACGCAUUCAAACUACUUUUUGAUGAGCAACCAAACUCAAGGAAUCACAGAGGGAUUCAUGGGAGCUUGGUCUACAUGUGUUUUGUGAAUCUGGAGAAGGUUUACAACACAGUUCCCCGAGGGUCAACGGUCAUGACCUCCUGUGUGUCCUGGAGCAAUUUGCAGUAG